AACCGAAAUAAAUAUACAGAAAAUAGAAACUUCAACGACGUUGUCAUUUGUCAUUGACACUCCCCUCAGGCUUCAGAUUUACACGGACCUGUUUGGUGUUGGUCCAUUUUCACACUGCGAGAGAGAGAGAGAGAGAGAGUGCAAUCGACGACUCUCUCUCUCACGCACAUCAUCUUAUUGUCGGUUUUGUAGUUUUCGUUUUCUCUUCCAGAUCGUGAAUGGUGAAGUUUUCUUCAGCUACGUCUCGCAGAUGAUAACCGUCUUUAGAAUGGUCUGUGUGAAGAGUGGAUUAAGCUUAUAGAGAAAGUUCAGAGAUCUGGCGGUCUUUUGAUCUUGUGUGACUCGUUGGGCGUGUCAAUGAAUGUUGAAGAAAACAAGAGGGAUUAAUGCGUGGAAUCUAACUUUUUGGUCGUUGUACUAUCGUAAUUACUCAUUUACGAAUCGAUUCAUCAUAGGCAUUGUGCUUUAGUAUUCAAUUAUGUUCUUCUCUAUAAGAAAAAUAUUCGUAUCCAAUUCUCGUCGAUGGAUCACGAUGAACGCUGUUUGAGAAGCGAACCGUACGUGGUGGAGGAUUCAUAUUCCUGAAGCGAUGGGCGUGUUCUGAUAAUCUUGUGCACCGAAUUCUGAAGAACAAUAGGUUGAAAGUGAGCAAUGGGGUCUAUCGGCGGGGAGGAGUUGGUCAAAUGGGAGAAGAUGCAAGGAUUGUGUGGUCGUGAAGAGAAGAUUCUCGUGUUAGUAAGGUUAAGGCCUUUGAGUGAGAAGGAAAUCACCGCUAGCGAAGUAGCAGAUUGGGAAUGCAUCAAUGACACCACCAUCUUGUAUAGGAACACUCUGCGGGAGGGCUCCACAUUUCCAAGUGCACACACAUUUGACAGAGUAUUUCGCGGUGACUGCCCCACAAAGCAAGUAUAUGAGGAAGGAGCCAAAGAAAUUGCUCUUUCAGUUGUUAAUGGAAUUAACUCAACUAUAUUUGCAUAUGGACAAACAAGUAGCGGAAAGACAUACACCAUGGUUGGAAUAACUGAGCAUGCUGUAGCAGAUAUAUUUAACUAUAUAAAUAAGCAUGAAGAAAGAGCAUUUGUCUUAAAGUUCUCGGCAAUUGAAAUUUACAAUGAAAUUGUUAGAGACCUCCUGAGCGCAGACAACAGCACACUUAGACUGCGUGAUGAUCCUGAGAAAGGAACCGUUGUAGAGAAACUUACUGAGGAGACUCUACGGGAUUGGGGACAUUUGACAGAGCUCCUUUCUUUUUGUGAAGCUCAAAGACAGGUGGGAGAGACUUACCUGAACGAAAGAAGUUCUAGAUCUCACCAAAUUAUCAGACUAACAAUUGAAAGUUCCGCGCGAGAAUUCUUGGGUAAAGGCAACUGUGCCACCCUGUCAGCUUGUGUGAAUUUUGUUGAUUUGGCAGGGAGUGAGCGUGCAUCUCAGGCAUUAUCAGCUGGUACAAGAUUGAAAGAAGGUUGUCAUAUAAAUCGGAGUUUACUUACUCUUGGAACUGUCAUUCGUAAGCUUAGCAAGGGAAGACAUGGACACAUCAAUUACAGAGAUUCUAAGUUAACACGCCUACUGCAGCCUUGCUUAGGUGGGAAUGCUAGAACAGCCAUCAUUUGCACUUUGAGCCCCGCUAGGAGCCACGUUGAGCAGACUAGAAACACACUUCUUUUUGCCUGUUGUGCAAAAGAAGUGACCACUAAAGCACAGGUUAAUGUAGUGGUGUCUGAUAAGGCCUUGGUCAAGCAAUUGCAAAAAGAGGUGGCGAGAUUGGAGAGUGAGUUGAGAGCGCCCGCUCCUGCUACUUCCAGCUGUGAUCAUGCGGCAUUGCUGAGAAAGAAAGAUCUCCAAAUAGAGAAGAUGGGGAAGGAGAUCAGGGAGCUAACUCAGCAGCUCACGCUCGCACAAUCAAGGAUUGAGGAUUUGCUAGGCAUGAUUGAUAAUGAUCAGAAAUCCGGAAAAGCUGGCAUUGAUAGUCGUCCUCAUAUGCUGGAAGGGGAGGAUACCUGGGAAGAUGACUGUUCAGUGCGAGAGUCAUUAAGCAUUUCCACUCCUCAUCAUCCAGAUGCACGCGUUAGAGAGUUUAACAAUCCUCACUAUGAUAAUGGAGAUUGUGGAAGUAAUCCCGAGCAGCCCUAUCACCAGUCUGAAGGGACUGAAGAUCAUUCACAUUCUGAUGAAUUCUCUGAUCAGUUCUGCAAAGAAGUUCGAUGUGUCGAGAAGGAGGAUUCAAACAGAGAGAACUCAGAAUUUCUUCAUUCAGCAAGUGAAAAUGGGGGGUUGGAAUUACCAAUAUCCGAAGAGGUAGUUGCAUCGGUCCAGGAAGAGUUAACCUCUGUGAAUGAAGAUAGGGAAGCCAAUCAGGUCCGUGAUGGUCCUGCACCUACAUAUGAUGCUGUGGAGCAGAGAGUCCAUGAUGUACAAAUGACCGUUGAAUCUCCUGUAUGCCCGCACCCAGAUGGACAAUCUCCUCGGGCCACUUCACCAAAUAUGUCAAAUUUGGGGAACUUCAACUUAUCAAGGAGCUGGAGUUGCAGGGAAUAUUUCAUGACUGGUUCUCUAGAGAGCGCAGGAGAAUUAGAGAGGACUCCUGCCAAUGGGGUUGAGAAAGGAUUUCCUGGAAGACCUGAAAGAUUUCGGAGAAAGCUUCUUCAUUUAAGGUUUGAUCCGGCCACAAGGUUGUCUAGGGAUGGUUCUCUGUCUUCUGCUGGAAGUCCUUGCCUAGGCAGCAUGAGAACACCUGGCAAUGAGGAUAUUACUAGCAUACAAACUUUUGUUGCUGGGAUGAAGGAAAUGGUCAAGCUUGAGUAUGAGAAGCAACUUGUUGAUGGUCAGGGUAAGGAAACAGAGAGAGGAGCUUCUACAUUAGAAAAGAAUGUGAAAGAUGUGGGUAUAGAUUCAAUGCUCGAGGCACCUGGAACUCCUUUGAAUUGGACCCUUCAAUUCGAGAGGCAGCAAAAGGAGAUAGUUGAACUGUGGCACACUUGCCAUGUAUCAUUGAUACACAGAACCUACUUCUUUCUUCUGUUCAAUGGUGAUUCUUCAGACUCCAUUUACAUGGAAGUAGAGCUUCGAAGACUAUCUUUCCUGAAAGAAACAUGUUCUAAGGGGUCUGAGAAGGCUGGCCAGAAUAACACAUUAGCUUCAAGCAUGAAGACUCUUCGGCGCGAGAGGGAAGCUCUGGUGAAGCUGAUGCAGAAAAGGCUUACUGAGGAAGAAAGAGAAGAUAUAUACGAGAAGUGGGGUAUUGCAUUGGAAUCAAAACGCAGGAGGAUGCAACUUGUGAACCUUUUGUGGAGCAACACUAAUAUUACUCUCGCAAGGGAGAGUGCUACUUUAAUUGCUAAGUUGUUGAAGUUCUCAGAGAAGGGUAAGGCACUGAAAGAGAUGUUUGGCCUCAGUUUCACGCCCCGUUACUCUAAAAGGAGAUCUUUUUCAUGGAUUACUAGCAAACCACCACUUUUAUAGGCCCUUUUUUGUGCUUAUUAUAACUUAGGAGGGUACACCUCAUGUUUCAUGUACAGUUUGACAGCACUUUGAUAGUGCUCCAUUAUCGGACAUAGAGUUGUCUGAGUUUCUGCCUGAUGAUUACACGAAAAUCCCACGAAAUUCGACUUCUUCAAGUUCUUAAAAGAUCGUCUGGGAAGAGAUUAAUUUCAGAUCAAAUCUGAGAAUCCAAAACAGGAGCUUUUUGAGUGUUUUUGUUUCUCUCCCACAAGUGAUAUACCUAUUCAGAUAAUGAAUCAUUAUAUUAUGUUUCCCCGUUUUUUGGGUAAA